CAGCUGGACCAGGGAUCCCUUGCUUGGUGUUUCUUCUUCCCCACACUUGUCUGGAAGAGGAGGAGGUGGCAGCUGCUGCUACUUGUUCUGUUUGGGAAAAUCAUUUGGUGCCAGGGAGCUGGACUUAGGAACGACUCCAGGCUCUCUUCCUUACCUUCCUGUUGGCUGGCUCUGACUUUCUAGGCCUUUCCUCCUCAACCAAAGGCAGUAGUGACCCCUUGCCUGGGACUGAGAGGGUACACUAUUAAGGCCUCACCAUGGGCACUGUCAGUGAGCUCUGUGCCUCCAGUUUCCAAGCUUUCCUCUUUCCGUCUACAUUGGCGGACGCCAAACCAGUACCCAGCGACCUGACCCCUGAGGAGUGCCAGGAGCUUGAGAACAUCCGUCGACGCAAGCAGGAGCUGCUGGCAGACAUACAGCGUUUGAAAGAUGAGAUAGCAGAGGUGACUAAUGAAAUCGAGAACCUGGGCUCCACAGAAGAGAGGAAAACGAUGCAGAGAAACAAGCAAGUGGCAAUGGGAAGAAAGAAAUUCAAUAUGGAUCCCAAAAAGGGGAUCCAGUUCCUGAUAGAGAAUGAUCUGUUGAAGAACACACGUGAUGACAUUGCCCAGUUUCUCUACAAGGGGGAAGGACUCAACAAGACUGCCAUUGGUGACUAUCUGGGUGAAAGAGAUGAUUUCAAUAUCCAGGUGCUGCACUCAUUUGUGGAGCUGCAUGAGUUUACUGACCUCAACCUUGUACAGGCAUUGCGGCAGUUCCUUUGGAGCUUCCGGCUGCCGGGGGAAGCACAGAAGAUUGACCGGAUGAUGGAAGCAUUUGCACAACGCUACUGUCAGUGUAACCCCGGUGUUUUCCAGUCAACAGAUACCUGUUAUGUGCUCUCUUUUGCAAUCAUCAUGCUGAACACCAGCCUGCAUAACCCCAAUGUCAAAGACAAGCCAAGUGUGGAGCGCUUUAUUGCCAUGAACCGUGGUAUCAAUGAUGGUGGGGACCUGCCUGAGGAACUUCUCAGGAAUCUCUAUGAGAGCAUAAAAAAUGAACCUUUCAAAAUUCCAGAGGAUGAUGGUAAUGACUUGACUCACACGUUCUUCAAUCCGGAUCGUGAAGGCUGGCUUUUGAAGCUUGGUGGCCGGGUGAAGACAUGGAAGCGACGCUGGUUCAUCUUGACAGACAACUGCCUUUACUACUUUGAGUAUACCACGGAUAAGGAACCAAGAGGCAUCAUUCCAUUGGAGAAUUUGAGUAUCCGUGAGGUAGAAGAUUCUAAGAAGCCGAACUGUUUUGAGCUGUAUAUCCCUGAUAACAAAGACCAAGUGAUCAAGGCAUGUAAGACUGAAGCAGAUGGUCGUGUAGUGGAAGGGAACCACACUGUGUACCGUAUCUCAGCACCCACCCCAGAGGAGAAGGAAGAAUGGAUCAAGUGCAUCAAGGCUGCCAUUAGCCGGGACCCAUUCUAUGAGAUGCUGGCUGCACGCAAGAAGAAGGUCUCCUCCACCAAGAGACAUUAGUUCCCUGGCUUGCUCAACCAGCUGCAGCGUUGGCAGGGAUUGCCUCCCAGACCCUUGACUGAGGGGAAUGAGAGACUACACUGAAUUGCCUGCUCUGUAUUGCCAACCCAAGGGAACUAGCUUCAGCUUUUGCUAUUCUUUUCUGGUUUGGAGCAGGAAGAGUUGAGGGGGGGGGGGUAGAAGUAUGGCAGCCACCAACUCUCAAGGACUUCUGUAUUCAUGAGAAUGCCAUAUCUCUCCCAGCCCCUCAACUGGGCAGUUUGUACCAACUACAUCUGUGGUAGCCCAAGUGGCAGAACAAGAAGGUUGUUGGUGUCUUUCCUAUUACUGCAGCUGACUUAUUCACUUUCUCAAGCUGAUGGAGAGAGAGCUUCAAGCUAUGUGUACCCCAAAUGGGCACAAAGCGCUUUGAUUUGCCGUUGGGAAGUGUGAGUUGUGCCAGAAUGAUGCUGGCUUUAGGAUGAUACUCUUGAGACCCAGGACCUGAAAUGAGCAAUGGACUGCCAAAGGCACAGAUUAGUUUGCAGCAGGGUGGAGGAUAAGAAUCUACCUUGGAACCAUGUCACUUGGUGUUGCCACUAUUUCUUCUUUGGUCAGGCAAGCCAUGUGCUCAGUUACAUUUACUUUUGAGAGCUCUCUCUUUAACAAAAAGUUUUAUUAAUCAUGUUGGGUAAUGCACAACCAGGAAUGCCAGCGGCAAACAGCUGGCAUGAAUGAAUAGUGUGAGGCUGCCAGCCUCCAAGAUUUCCAUUGCCUUCGUUCUAGAGGGCAUCAAUUUAGGCUGCCUCUGAUGCUUUGUCAGAGUGAAGAGAGCAGGGGGAUCACUCAAGCCACUAUGCCAUUAUGAGAAGGCAGUGUCAGUGUUAGCUGGUGGGCAUGCAUGCAGUUUUGGGUGGGGCUGGUGGCAUAACCCUUGUUGGUGCUUUACAGGUUAUUUUUGCCAACAGCUACUGGUUCGCCAUCCCAGCAGUUUGGCAUGAUAUUAUCACUGCAGUAGAUCAUACUGCAGCUUUGAUUCUGUUUGAACUCGUUCAGAAGUGGUGACUCAGGAAAAGUCAGAGAAGAUCCCAUGCUGUGUACUGCAGAAAGCAGUGUUACAAAUCUGGUUAUGGAUUCUCUAGCAGCAUUUGGUUUCAGUUGCACUUUCAGUAGGGAUGGGUUUGGGUGGUUUAAGAUGGAAGCUGCUGCCAGUAGGGGGCAGUAGAUCUUAGCCUUGAAGCACAAGCAGGUGGUUGUUGGCUGGGGAGUUAUUGGGAGCCCUGGGGUGGGGUGGGAGAGUGAGGUUUUGCAGGGUAGGCUUAUAGCUCAAACAUGGAGAUUGUGGGGAAUUGAACCAUAAGACAGCUGCCUUCUUUUGCAAAGGCCUAUGGCAUGCUAGCUCAUUCUCCACCUUCUUGGCAAGCUCCGGUUCCCCACCUUAGUAUUAGCCUAUUUAUCUGAGAUGUACAUACUUUCUGUAUAGAUUUUUCUCCUCAUAGAUUAUUUUGUAUUUGUUUUAAAUAUGAAGAUUGUUUUUUGUGAAACUUAACAGGAUUCUCAAACAUUGCUGGGACACAAGGGGAAUGCAGGAGGAGGGUAGAAAUUUCUCCAGGUCUGACAGUUUGGUUACAGUUUUGUUUUGAAUCCUUUUUUUUUUUUUAGGGUUUUUUGUUUUGCCACAACCUUGUGUUCUAGCAACUGCAGCAAAUAAAAGUUGAUCUCACAGUUGGCUUGAUA